AGGCCCUCUCGCGGCAGUUGAGUCCUCGUGUCAGUGCACAGUCUGUGUGUGGUACAGCAAGCGUUGGAAAAACUGGGUAAAUCGAAUGCAAGCAAUUGCUUCGUUACAACAUCCAACUUUUCUACGAUUUAACCUCUUUUAAUUUACAAAAUUGUAUUUGGAUUUACUAGAAGACUCGUCAAUAAUUGCAUUUAUCCAAGAAAGGCUUUCUUGGAAGUUUUAUGCGGUCAACAACUCGUUGUAAUCGACGGCUCUCCGACGUCGGAUCGGAAAGGCAUUGUCGAGGCAGGUCGUGCGGCGCCACGAGAUCACCGAAGUUCCAAGGCUCGGCUGGGACAAGGAUUCCAUGUAACCAGCGAUUACUUUUGGAUCAUUUUUUCAUUCUCAUAAGGAAGGUUACCAGCCGAGGAUUGUGAAAAUUCGUUCAACAGAGGGAUUAUUGCCGUCGUAGGGGAGGGGAAUCAAUCGAGACAAAGGAAAGGGGCUUAAAAUCAACAAUAAAGAUCGAGAGAUCGGAGGGUGGAAGUGUGUUCUCCGCCGCGGAGGAUUGGCAUUGUCCGACCGCUUGUGCGCACAGGGAGGGGUGGCGGACUAUCGCACAUCUACUCGGAUUACUGAAGUAUCCCCCGAUUUCCCUCAAAAAAGGAUACAUUCAAGAUGUAUCCACAGGGCCGGCAUCCGGCACCACACCAACCAGGGCAGCCUGGCUUCAAGUUCACCGUGGCCGAGUCCUGCGACAGGAUCAAAGACGAGUUUCAGUUCCUGCAGGCCCAGUACCACAGUCUCAAAGUGGAGUACGACAAACUGGCCAAUGAGAAGACAGAGAUGCAGCGUCACUAUGUCAUGUACUAUGAGAUGUCCUAUGGGCUGAACAUUGAGAUGCACAAACAGACUGAGAUUGCUAAACGUCUCAACGCAAUUCUCGCACAGAUCAUGCCUUUCCUGUCACAAGAGCACCAGCAGCAGGUUGCUCAGGCUGUUGAGCGUGCCAAGCAGGUCACGAUGACUGAGCUCAAUGCCAUCAUCGGGGUACGUGGACUUCCCAAUCUGCCUCUCACCCAACAGCAACAUGCUGUCUACCCAGCCUUCAUGCAACAGCAGCUCCAGGCUCAGCACCUGUCCCACGCUGCCCACGGUGGGCCACCCAUCCAGAUGCCCCCGCACCCCUCGGGCCUACAGCCCCCCGGCAUACCCCCCAUCCCUGGUGUGGCAGGCUCCGGUCUGCUGGCGCUGGGUGCUCUGGGCAGCCAGGCCCACCUGCCCUCCGUCAAGGACGAGAAGAACAACCACGACCUGGAGCACAGAGGCCUGUCAUCCUUUCACUCCCCCCUGGCGAUCCCUCUGGUAAAAGAACGAGAGUCGAGCACGAAUAACUCUGUGUCUCCGUCGGACAGCCUGCGUGCAGCCAGCGACAAACACCGCAGUUCCUCUGAUUAUAGCAUGGACUCCAAGAAACGCAAGGUGGAGGAGAAGGACGCUAUGAGCAGAUACGACAGCGAUGGAGACAAAAGUGACGACCUGGUCGUGGAUGUGUCCAAUGAGGACCCAGCCACUCCCAGGGCCAGCCCCGCCCAUUCUCCUCCAGAAAACGGUCUGGACAAAUCACGGGCCCUGAAGAAGGACGCCCCCAACAGCCCCGCCUCCGUGGCCUCCUCCGGCAGCACGCCCUCCUCCAAAGCCAAGGACCACGCCCACAAUGAUAAGUCAUCCACGCCGGGCCUGAAGUCUAACACCCCCACACCUCGUAACGAUGCCCCCACACCAGGCACCAGCACCACCCCUGGUCUACGGCCCAUCAUGGGCAAGCCCUCGGGCAUGGAGGCACUGGCUGCUCCAGCCCUGCGUACUCCUUUGUCCAUAGCUGGCUCCUACGCCACGCCCUUCGCCAUGAUGGGCCACCACGAGAUGAACGGCUCCCUGACCAGCCCCGGGGUCUACGCCGGCCUCCACAUCUCCCCCCAGAUGAGCGUGGCCGCUGCUGCGUACGGACGCUCGCCCAUGGUGGGGUUUGACCCUCACUCCCACAUGAGACCAGGCCUGCAAGCCAGUCUCACAUCCAUCUCUGGAGGGAAACCUGCCUACUCCUUUCAUGUGAGCGCCGACGGCCAGAUGCAGCCGGUGCCCUUUCCCCCGGACGCUCUCAUAGGCCCGGGCAUCCCACGCCACGCUCGCCAGAUCAACACGCUGAGCCACGGCGAGGUGGUGUGCGCCGUCACCAUCAGCAACCCCACGCGCCACGUCUACACCGGUGGCAAGGGCUGCGUUAAGAUCUGGGACAUCAGCCAGCCGGGCAGCAAGAGUCCCGUGUCCCAACUGGACUGCCUGAACAGGGACAACUACAUCCGCUCCUGUAAGCUCCUCCCUGAUGGCCGCACCCUGAUUGUGGGCGGUGAGGCCAGCACGCUGACCAUCUGGGACCUGGCCUCUCCGACGCCACGUAUCAAGGCGGAGCUCACCUCCUCGGCCCCCGCCUGCUACGCACUGGCCAUCUCCCCCGACGCCAAAGUCUGCUUCUCCUGCUGCAGUGACGGGAACAUCGCCGUCUGGGACCUGCACAACCAGACCCUGGUCAGGCAGUUCCAGGGCCACACGGACGGCGCCAGCUGUAUCGACAUCUCCCACGAUGGGACCAAGCUGUGGACCGGAGGUCUGGACAACACCGUCCGCUCAUGGGACCUGAGGGAGGGUCGCCAGCUCCAGCAGCAUGACUUCACCUCCCAGAUCUUCUCUCUAGGCUACUGCCCCACAGGGGAGUGGCUGGCAGUGGGCAUGGAGAGCAGCAAUGUGGAGGUUCUCCAUCACACCAAGCCGGACAAGUACCAGCUCCACUUGCAUGAGAGCUGCGUCCUCUCGCUGAAGUUCGCCUACUGUGGUAAAUGGUUUGUGAGCACGGGGAAGGACAACCUCUUGAAUGCCUGGAGGACUCCGUACGGUGCCAGCAUAUUCCAGUCAAAGGAGUCCUCUUCCGUCCUGAGCUGCGACAUCUCUGCAGACGACAAGUACAUUGUGACAGGCUCCGGAGACAAGAAGGCCACAGUGUACGAGGUGAUCUACUAGGAACACCAGUUUGACCCCUCCUAGUGGCCUGACGAGGGGAGCUGCUAGACCCUCCUCCUCCUCUUACUUCACUCACCACAUCCCCUAACCUCAAAGACCACCAGGGAUUGGACUACAGACCAUGUCGGCCGAUACCGCUCCGGGAUUGGUGCUCAGAAGGCACCAUGAACUGCGCUUGGCAGUUGGCCUGGCUAUGAUUGGCUAUCGGUGCAGACUGUAACCCAAUGGGCACU